UUGCUCAUUUCGAUUUUGUCAAGCGACGUGUGCGGAACUGAACUGAAAGGCGUUUCGGCGAAAUCGCUUUGUACUUUCGUUUCUUGUGGUGUUGUUUGUGCCGUGCUCCGAGUCAAAUCAAAUCAAAAUAAAAAUUCGUUGUUUUCUUUUUUGCGUACCAAGAAAUUAGCGUUCUACCAAACGUUCUGUGAUUUUUUUUUUGUUUUCUUUUGUACUUUUACAAAUCGCGUGAUUCUGUCGAGUAUCGCCUGAAAUCGAGUUUUCCAGGAGAUCAGGCGUGCACUGCUUGCUAUUUGUGCGCACCACUGCUUGCAUUCCGGGGCGAUGGCUCAGUCGACGGCGACUUCGCCGCGCUACGCCGGCUUCAACCCCCUGAGCCCGACCCAGACCCUCAGCAACCCGGCUAUGGAUCCGGAUUCGGCCCCCCUGUCAUCAUCAGCAGCGGCAGCAACAACAGCUACAGCAUCAGCAGCAGCAACAGCUACAGCUACAGCAACAGCUACAGCAACAACAUCUGCUCAGCCCCAAAAACCUGAGGAAAUAGAAGAAGAAGGAGCACCACAUCCAGAACUGACGAAAACAAACUCUAAUCGGAAGACACUUUCAGCAGGCAGUAGUAGUUUGAACGACCAAAAUCACAACCAGAUCGACGACGACGAGGACCAAGUAGGAACAUUGCCAUUGCCCCUGCCCUCUAUCAAUAAACGGACACCCGCCCUGCUCCACCCUCGUCUAAUCCGCUCCAACCCGUCCUACACAGACGACCUGUGCACCUGCUGUAACUGUGCGUACUCCAGUUCCUCCUCCGCCUCGUCCACAUCCUCAUCCUCAUCAGCCUCUGCAGCCGCCUCCGCCGUUGCCAAGCAGCUAGCCCGCUCCGUGACCGCCACCAGCAUCAUGGACAUGCCGUACAACACCUCGCCGUCACUGCGGGUGCGCACCACCUCGCUGAAUCAGCUGAAGAAGACCGCCGAUCUGGCCAUUGAGAACGAGCUGCACGUGUGCCCGUCGGUGAUGUCCGAGGAGCUGCGCAAGCUGCUGCCGCCCACCUCGGAGACGGUGAUGACCAAGCCGUUCCCCAUCCGCGGCGAACGGACCAUUGCCGACUGCACCACGCCCCAUGUGAUCGCCAUGGUGGGUCUGCCGGCUCGCGGCAAGACCUUUAUUUCGAAGAAGCUGGCGCGCUACCUUAAUUGGAUCGGGAUCGCGACUCGCGUAUUCAAUCUGGGCGAAUAUAGGCGCCAUGCAACCACCGCGUACAAGUCGCACGAGUUCUUUCGCGCCGACAACGAGGAGGCGAUGGCCAUCCGCAACCGGUGUGCCAACCAGGCGCUGCACGACUCAUGCGAGUGGCUGCUGAGCGGCCAGGGCAGCAUCGCCGUGUUCGAUGCCACCAACUCGACGCGCGACCGUCGCCAACUGAUCCACGACAUUGUGGUGAAGCAGCAUGGCUUCCGGCUGUUCUUCGUGGAGUCCAUCUGUGACGAUCCGCAGAUCAUUGAGCAGAACAUCCUGGAGGUCAAGGUCAGCUCGCCAGAUUACCUCAAUAUGAACACGGAGCUGGUGGUCCGGGAUUUCCUACAGCGCAUCGAGCACUACGAGGAGCGCUACCAGCCCAUCGACGAGGUCACCGAGGCCCAUCUUAGCUUCAUGAAGGUGUACAAUGCCGGCAAGAAGGUGGUCGUCUACAACAACGAGGGUCACGUGGAGUCCCGUAUUGUGUACUACCUAAUGAACAUUCACAUUACGCCGCGGACCAUCUACCUAACGCGCCACGGCGAGAGCGAGUACAACCUGAGCGGCCUGAUCGGCGGCGACUCGAACCUGAGCGCCCGCGGGCACCAGUACGCCAACGCCCUGUCCACGUUCAUCGCCCACCAGCAGAUCGACGGUCUGCGGGUGUGGACGUCGUGGAUGAAGCGCGCCAUUCAGACGGUGGCCGAUGUUAAGGCACCGCAAGAGCGGUGGAAGGCCCUGAACGAGAUCGAUGCUGGCCACUGCGAGGAAAUGACAUACGAGCAGAUCAAGGAGCGCUUCCCCGAGGAGUUUAAGGCGCGCGACGUGAACAAGUUCGCCUACCGCUAUCCACGCGGCGAGAGCUACGAGGACCUGGUGGCCAGACUGGAGCCGGUCAUCAUGGAGCUGGAGCGGCAGGGCAACGUGCUCGUCGUGUCGCAUCAGGCGGUGCUGCGCUGUCUCUUUGCCUACUUCCUGGACAAGUCCGCCGACGAGCUGCCCUACCUGUACGUGCCCCUGCACACGGUCAUCAAGCUGACGCCGGUGGCCUACGGCUGCAAGGUGGAGCACAUUAAGUUGCCCAUUGACGCGGUGGACACGCACCGUCCCAAGCCAAAAAUCCCUGGCGACGUCAGCCAGCCGGGACUCGAUGGCCUCAGCGGCGAGCUGGUGGCACCCGAUGGCGUCGGCAAGGUGCUCAUUGUGGGCGACGAUGUGGCGACGGCCACGAACGGCAAUGGCGGGCGCGUCGAUAUGCAGGCGCACCAAUGACGGCGUCGCCUGUACCCCGCCCAUCCACAUCCUCCUUCGAAAUCCAAGACAAUCUAAUCACGGCUGCUGGAUCGGCUGCCCCCAACCUCCAAGACACGAGUCCACAAAUCCCAACCCCAAAUCCCGCACUAAUUCUUCCCCUAUCGCCUACCGAACAGCCCAACGGAUACGGACAUAGACACGGACAUGGGCAUGCCAGAGUGACACUGACUGAUGCCCCUGCCCAAAGGAUGUGGCGGCGCUCCUACUUAAUGUUGCAAUCGGAGGCCAGCGAGUUCUUUCGGACUGCGCAUGAAAUUGUGAUUGAUCCAUUGUGCUGUUUUAUUAUGUACUUUAAUGAACAAUUAAAUAUUUUAAAAUUUUUCUAGAACAUCUAUAUUGAUAAAAAAAAAAACAAAAAACAAUAUACAGACUUAAUACCUA